GUGUGUGUGUAAAAAUGAAUGCAUGCUGGCUUUCAUGUCAAUAUUCCAACAGGAAUAUGAGAGAACAAUGCCCAUGCUGCAAUAAAAAAGGGAGGAUUCCCAGGUGGUGGCCCUCAACUGUGGAAAACAUCGUAAUCUCAGCCUUGCAUUUGUGUGCAGGUUUACGCGCACGUGAUUAUUUAAAGGCACCCUUGCAAUAAUCCUCUUUGCUCUCUCAUCCACCUGCAGACUGUGUGAUAAAACAGAGGAAUUAGACACUGUGCUGCUGGAGACAAUACGGACACUUCAUUAGUCAUGGUGGAUGCCGCCACGGCCACGCAGUUCCUGGACGCCAACCCCCAUUUUGCCAAGCACUAUUACGAUGUCAACUUCCGACCCAAGGUGGUGUCGGAUUUGCUGGAUAAUGGCCGCGCCACGGCGGUCGACGUGAGCCGCUAUCACCGGCUCACUGCAGUGGAAGAGAGCGAGAUCCUCUUCGACCUAGUGCGAGACAUCCAGGACAACCUGCAGAUGGAAAAGUCCCUCUUCAAUCUCAUGAGGCACCUCAGCUUCAUGUUGAGGGCCGACUGCAUGAGCCUCUUCAUGUACCGACAAAGGAACGGCGUGGCUGAGCUUGCCACUAGAUUGUUUAACGUGCAUAAAGAUUCCGUGUUUGACGACUGCCUGGUACAGCCUGAUAGUGAAAUUGUGUACCCGCUGGAUUUGGGCAUCGUGGGCCAUGUGGCCUCCACCAAGAAGAUGGUCAACGUGCCUGACGUGUCCCAGAAUCCUCACUUCAGCAACUUUGUGGAUGAGCUGACCGAGUACACCACCAGGAACGUGCUCGCUGUGCCCAUAAUGAACGGCAAGGACAUGGUGGCCGUCAUGAUGGCCGUCAACAAGAUGGACGACGCUCCGCACUUCACCACCACGGACGAGGAGACUCUGAACAAGUACUUGAACUUUGCCAACCUGGUGCUGAGGGUUUUCCACCUGAGCUACCUGCACAGUUGUGAGACCAGGAGAGGGCAGGUGUUGCUGUGGUCGGCCAGCAAGGUGUUUGAGGAGCUGACGGACAUUGAGAGGCAGUUUCACAAGGCCUUGUACACAGUGCGAGCCUUCCUCAACUGCGACCGCUACUCUGUGGGCCUGCUGGACAUGACCAAAACCAAAGAGUUCUUUGACCUGUGGCCUGUCUUGAUGGGAGAAGUUCCUCCGUAUGACGGACCCAAAACACCUGAUGGCCGGGAAAUAGUCUUCUACAAAAUUAUCGACUACAUCCUGCACGGCAAAGAAGACAUCAAAGUUAUUCCGAACCCUCCAGCUGAUCAUUGGGCUCUGGUCAGCGGCUUGCCGACUUAUGUUGCAGAAAAUGGACUGAUUUGCAACAUAAUGAAUGCAGCUGAGGACGAAUUCUUUGAUUUCCAAAAAGAACCGCUGGACAACUCGGGCUGGACAGUUCGGAACGUUUUGUCCAUGCCCAUCGUCAACAAGAAAGAGGAGAUUGUGGGCGUGGCAACGUUCUAUAACAGGAAGGACGGGAAACCCUUUGACGAAAUGGACGAAACGCUGAUGGAGUCUCUGACUCAGUUCCUUGGCUGGUCGGUGCUCAACCCGGACACGUACGACAAGAUGAACAAGCUGGAGAACCGCAAGGACAUCUUCCAGGACAUGGUGCUCUACCACGUCAAGUGUCGCAAGGACGAGAUACAGAACGUCUUGAACACCCGCGAGCGGUGGGGGAAAGAACCGGAUGAGUGUGAAGAGGAGGAGCUGGAAGAGAUCCUGUCGGAAGUCCUCCCCAAUGCCAGGAAAGUCGAGAUUCUGGAAUUUCACUUCUGUGACUUUGAGCACAGCGAGUUAGACCUGGUCAAGUGUGGCAUCAGAAUGUACUACGAGCUCAAAGUGGUGGACAAGUUUCACAUUCCCAGAGAGGUACUCGUGAGGUUCAUGUACUCACUUAGCAAAGGCUACAGGAAAAUCACCUAUCACAAUUGGAGACAUGGAUUCAACGUUGGACAGACCAUGUUCACGCUGCUCAUGACAGGCGACCUGAAGCGUUACUACACUGACCUGGAGUGCAUGGCCAUGGUGACCGCCGGCUUCUGUCACGACAUCGACCACCGAGGCACCAACAACCUCUACCAGAUGAAGUCGGGAAAUCCUCUGGCGAAGCUUCACGGCUCGUCCAUCUUGGAGAGACACCAUCUUGAGUUUGGCAAGACUCUGCUGAGAGAUGAGUCAUUGAACAUCUACCAGAAUCUGAACCGCCGCCAGCACGACAUCGUCAUCCACCUCAUGGACAUCGCCAUCAUUGCCACCGACCUGGCGCUCUACUUCAAGAAAAGGACCAUGUUCCAGAAGAUCGUGGACCAGUCUAAGACCUACGAGAACUGGAACGACUGGACCAAGUACAUGAUGCUGGAGACGACACGCAAGGAGAUUGUCAUGGCAAUGAUGAUGACGGCAUGCGACCUGUCAGCCAUUGCCAAGCCCUGGGAGAUUCAGAGCAAGGUGGCGCUGUCUGUAGCUGCUGAAUUUUGGGAGCAAGGAGACCUGGAGAGAACCGUCCUGGAGCAACAACCCAUUCCCAUGAUGGACAGAAACAAAGCAGAAGAGCUUCCAAAGCUCCAAUGCGGCUUCAUCGACUUUGUCUGCUCUUUCGUUUAUAAGGAGUUCAGCCGCUUCCACGUGGAGAUCACGCCCAUGCUCGAUCGUCUCCUCAACAACCGCAAGGAGUGGAACGCCCUCAAGGAGGAGCACGACGCCAAGAUGGCCGCCAUGGAGGCGGCCAAGAAGGCCAAGGAGGAGGCGGCUGGCGCGGCGGCGGCGGCCAGACAAGCGAGUGCGGCCCAGUCCAAGACUUGUACGCUCUGCUAGAAAAAUGCGUAUCAAAACAUUCCACAUCAAGUCAUUCACAAAAAAAUACUGACUACCAUCAUGACGAGCGAUAAAAUAGAGUAGCGCGGGUUUUAUUCCUUUAAAGUAUAUUUCAUAGAAUUAUACGCUCCUGUAACAUUGGACCCAGUUUGAACAUGAACAUGCGCUUAAUAUAGAAUGAAGAACUCUACUUAAAUCAUGAAUAAAAAGUAAUGUACGGAAACAAGAAGUUCUAAAAGAUUAAACGCUAAUUGGAUUUCAAAGUUAAAUGAAAACAAACAGUAUUAAACAAAUGUAUUAAGUAAAAAAAAAAAAGGGUAAGACAGUAUAGCAGGGGACAGUUUAGACACACCUGAUUCAAACGAUCCAGAUCGUUUGAAUCAGGUGUGUUGGAGGUGGGAGACAUCGAAAACAGGCUGGACAGCGGCUCUCCAGGACCCGACUCGGGCAACCCUUCUCGACACUUACGGAAACUGUACUUGAUGUCCUUGAUGCUUUGUGUGCUUGCAUAUUAAAAAAUGGCUUUAAUUGCUUCAAAAAAUAGUAAAUGAUGCUAUUUUCAUACUCA